UUUAGAGAACGGUGACCAAAGCUGAAAGCAGUCCAGGGAAUCACUUUCUGAAGAAACCUUGCACAUGGCGUCAGUCUCGAUCGAAAAUCUGCUCGACGGUUUAUCAGCAGAAGAGCUACAUGAAUUGUCUGGAGAUAUUGACCCAUCUUUGGUAUGUCGCAGACAUUCACGGCGCUCUCUGAUUGCGCAAUCUUUUGCGCUGAACACGGCAUCUCAGAAAAGCGAGUGAUGUACACACGUAAAAAUCUCACAACUUGUCAACAAGAUGUGUUCACAACUGGCUUGUAGCAAGCUGUCAACAAAUUGUAACAAUGCUGUUAUUUUGCCAAGUUGCUACAAGGUUGUCACUCACGACGUGUUGACAAAUUGUUGAAUUGUUGAGGACGAUACCAAGUUGUUGGAACAACUUGUAACAAGUCUGUUGAGCUCAAAAACCUCAUAGCAAGUUGUCAACAAGCUGGGAACAACCGGUGUGAACAUAUCCUGUUGACAAGUUGUUGGACGACAGCAUUGCUACAAGUCUGCUGCAGGUUUUAGGUUACAACGUGUGCGUUUUUACGUGUGUAGGUGGCUAAAUUAAUCUUUCCGGCUUUCAGCAAGGACAAUCUUCGCGGGUUUCCGAGACAACCCGUUAUUUUGACAGACCGAGGGCGGCCAAGAACAGGUAUGACAUCAAAUCAAUGAUCUGCGUCAUGGAGCAGAAAUCUCAAGACUCCGUCGAGGGAGAGAAUUACCUGCCACGCAAGUACAGGGACUGGAAGAAGGAAGAAAAGUCGAAGAAAAAGCGUGAAAAGCCAGUCGAGGAAGAAGUGAAACUCCCGGAUGAGCUGGAAGUCAUGAUGAAGGAUAUUGGCGAUGAGGACAUCAAUGAAAUUGCAGGUGAGCGAGAAGAUUGGAUCUAAAUGGACCUUUCCCCUUAUAACCAAAAUUUUGAUCUAGGCAAGUCUAGACAAAUAUUUCAUCACAGAUUGAAAGAGCAUCACAAAAUUAGUAAUAUUCCAAAGUUUCGUUGCGAAAUGUUGUAAAAUGAGGAAAAUAGAGCCUUGCGAAGUUCGCAAUUUUCAGUCAUUUUGCAGUACAAACGGGAAAUUGCAGCCCCAACACCCGAAUCGGAUGUCAAUUUCCCGUUUGUAAUACAAAAUGACUGAAAAACGGCAAACUUCGCAAGGCUAUAUUAUCCGCAUUUUACAAGAUUUUGCAACAAGAUUUUAUCCGCAUUUUAUAAGAUUUUGCACAACUCUUUCAAGCUGUGAUGAAAUUUUUGUCUAGAUCGAAAUUUUAGUUAUAAGGGGAAAGGUCAAUGGUUUUAUCUUUUUGCAUCUACUGGUAAGUGGCGCAUAAUUCAGAGCCUAUGUCAUGUGGUAAUGCAAGGCUUCACUGAGAGAUGAUAUCUAAUUUAAUAUUUCCAUUUUAGCUGUUCUAGGCUUGCAUAGUCUUUUGACGCAACAGGAAAGUUUUGCAGUGGAAAGUCAGAAAUUAGGAGAAGCAAUAAAGAAAUUUGGUCUCAGAAAGCCAGGUAUUAUAACGUAAAUAUUAGAUUGCAAGGCAGAUGGUUACCAGCGAGGCGGAAUCACCUUCAAGACGGUACAAUGUAGUACAGUACACAAUAGUAGAGCAUAGCACAGCACAGCACAGCACAGCACAGCACAGCACAGCACAGCACAGCACAGUAGAAUACGGUACAACACUGCAUGUUACAGUACAUUGUACUACAACGUACAGUACAGUUAAAAAUAUAAGAGGCUGAGGCUUACACGUUUCGGUACGGUUUAAAAUCCCUCCGGACCGGUUCAAACUAAAUUUACAAGAUUAUUUCACUUCUCCAAGGUAUCGUUCAGGGCAAGAGACCUAAAUCAAUGCCAGACAUGUUACAGACGCCUGACACAAUACAGAUAUCAGAAAUUCUCAAGAGACUGAAGCGAAGUGAUCCAACAUUGACAGAGAUUGCUAUGAAUAACUACAAGGAUGUGGAAAGCGUGUUGAUUGAUAUCGCGAGAUUACUCAAGAAAAAUACGUAUGUUACCAAGCUGUCUGUUGCAAAUACACAGAUGAAACCAGCUGUAUGCCUGGUAAGUCCAAGAAUCACUAUGCUGUACCUUGCAACACUAGCUAACACUGACGUGUCCUUCGCAUCAGAAACAGGAUUUGUACUGUAAGUGCGCUGUGCGCAAAUAGUAGAUACUAAAUGAUAUGUGGUAUUUAGUAUCUACAGUGAAAAUAGAUACUAAAUUAUAUUUUGGUAUUUUUAUAUCAGCAUUUGAUAGAAACCAUGAAAGUGAACAGAACACUGGAAUCCAUAAAUAUGGAAUCAAACUAUUUAACCGGUGAUGUCAUAGCGGUAUGUUACUGAGUUAAAAGGAGCAUGCGCAGUCAUAAGCCAUGUUACCUUUAUACAAUUUACCACCAUCAGAAAUAUUUCAACAUCUGGUUAAACUAAAUGUUUUGCUGUUGUUUUAGUAGAAAUUGAUGCGAGUCUUGGAAGACAACAAAACAGUGAAAGAACUGAGGCUUGCGAAUCAGGCAAGUACCUUUGAAGAUGCUAGCAAACUAGACACCAUUUAGACUUUCUCAAAGUCCUUAUCAUUUUUCCGAGAGACAAGUCUAGAUCUUAUUAAAAGUUACAGGUUCAACAAUGAUCAUCAAGAUAUCAUGGUCUGAAAACUGAACGGUCACGGUGAUUGAGUUCAUUAUAUUUUCGUAUAAGGAAGUAAUCGUCCAAUAGGGACAGCUGAGGUGAAACGUGCAAUUACGAUGGAUAAUAUUCAAUAAGUUGAGACAAAAGAUUUGUGCAUGGUGAGGCACAGUUCAACAUCAAACAAAGGUCUUCUAUUUUUGUGGCUUUGAAGUUUGCCGGGCUUCCAUAUCAUGGUGCAGUAUGGUUCACAGUCAAAAAUCUAAAUAGGCCUUUUUGCAGAGCAUGCUAAACUAAGUCACAACAAAUUUACAAAGAAUGAUUGGAUGGGAUAGAGAACAGUGGGAUUUUCAAAACAAUGAAAAGGCAAUGGAAUAAUUGCAAUCACUGAAUCGUGACGGUACUAUUGACGUUCUGUUAUGCAAGUCCAAGUGUUAUGAAAAGGGCCAUAAUCGGCUUAUUGUGUGACUUGUUUCCGCUCGUGUACUUUAUGUAGGCCUGUACAAGUGGUUCUAAAUCGGAGCAAGCUAUCGCCAAGUCGCUCGAGGCCAAUCACGCUUUAAAGAGGUUUGGCUAUUUCUUUGAAACAAGAGGCCCCAUGAUGUCUGCCGCAAAAUCGCUUCUCAGAAAUAACGACGAAGGUUUGUAGAAACUUGUAGUGGUACUUAAAUUAGGUCAUGAACAAGCGCACUCUGGGUGACAAGCCAGUUUAGCGUUAAAGUUACAUCAAUCGUUGCUUUGGCGAGAUCAAUGGGACCUUACUAGUGACAUUAGGAAACGGAUUACAGUGACAACCCUAGUUUUUGAGGAAUAAUAAAUUGCCUGGUCCUUCGAACCGGACUACAAGACUUAAUUAUAAAAAGAUAUUGCGAAGGGGCAGAUCAGAUCGGGUGGGUGGGAGAAAACGUUAGUCAUCUCGUAAUCUGGGAAUUAAAUAAUCUUCUUUGGGGAUUAAUAAAUUGCCUGGUCCUUCGAACCGGACUGCGGACUUUAAAAAUAUUGCAAAGGGGCAGGUCGGGCGGAUGGGAAAAAACGUUAAUCAUCUCGUAAUCUGGGAAAUACGAAAUAUUAAAAAAGAAAUAUUCUAUAGUCUUUAAAAAAAGAAAUAUUACGGCUUUCAAAACGGACUGCAUGUACUGUUAGUUUGUUUGAUUGAACAGUUAAAUACUUUGACAUACAUAUAUUUAAUGAUCUUAUGAUUCUGAUAAGUCUCACUUACAUGUUAUGAUUCAACUGCAAUUGAAUUUUGCCAACGUUAUUUGUAAAACUCAUUAAUAACUGAAAAUUCAAAAGAAAUCAAUGUUUAUAAUGAGGUGUUAAUUGUAUCCACGUACAAAAAAUUCUUAUGAUUUGCAUGAUCAACUUUUUCCUCGAUUUUUUCCAGUUAAAAUCACUUCUUUCUGAAUAAUUUGUUAAAAGACAACUGUUGAAAUCCUUACAUAUCACAAGUUUACAGCAUUCGUGUCCGUGUUGUAUCGGGAAUACAACCUCUCGUUUUCGGCUCGCGUUAAUUUGGAGUAUAUCUGAUACAACACGGUCGCUAAUUACGUAUAGAGUACAUAUAAUAUUUUUGUUUCUGUAGCUCGACAAAAGAGAAGAAGCUUUCAUGAACUAGCACUAAUGGAAGAUGUGUAAGAUGACAAGAAACUUACCACAUUUGACUGAAGAAUAUACAUGAUAAAAGCUGAAGAGGAAACUAUGAUGUGUUGAAUUCGUAAAAAACGCAGAAAUCAUGCUUCUAAAGGCUCGUUUUACUCUAUCAAAGUUUCUGUGAUCACAGUAGGAAUUUUGUAUCGGUAAAUUCUACGUUUUGAAGGAUUUGUAAGAAAUGUUUGAGGGAACUGACUCAGUGUUUAACAUUAAGUAAGUUCCCUCAAAGAUUUCACAAAUCCUUCAAGACCUAGAAUUUACCGAUGCACAAUAGAUAACCUUAUAACCAAAAUUUUGAUCUAGGCAAGUCUAGACAAAUAUUUCAUCACAGCUUGAAAGAGCAUCACAAAAUUAGUAAUAUUCCAAAGUUUCGUUGCGAAAUGUUGUAAAAUGAGGAAAAUAGAGCCCUGCAAAGUUUGCAAUUUUCAGUCAUUUUGCAUUACAAACGGGAAAUUGCAGCCCCAACACCCGAAUCGGAUGUCAAUUUCCCGUUUGUAAUACAAAAUGACUGAAAAACGGCAAACUUCGCAAGGCUAUAUUAUCCGCAUUUUACAAGAUUUUUCAACAAAACUUUGGAAUAUUACUAAUUUUGCGAUGCUCUUUCAAGCUGUGAUGAAAUUUUUGUCCAGAUCGAAAUUUUAGUUAUAAGGGGAAAGGUCCAUUAAUUCAGUCCUUGAACUGGAUCAAAAUUAAUUCAGUCCUUGAACUGGAUCAAAAUUAAUUCAGUCCUUGGACUGGAUCAAAAUUAAUCCACCUCACUGUAAGUAGUCAUUUGUUCGUAUGAGAUGUUGAUCAUUUCAUAUCCUCCAAUUCGGACUGAGAUUUCAAGUCCUUGCAUUUUUAUCCAGUCCUCGGUUUCGCCUCUGACUUGAUCAAAUUGCGCCAUCUUGAAAUCUAGUCGUAAUUGGAUUUGAAAUAUUACAUACAAGACUACCACAUCUAAUGAAAGAAAUGGAUGAUUCCACCUAUAGACUAAAUUUUGAUCUCGGCAAGUGAAGAACAAAAUUCAGCCUUCAAAGAUAGAAAGAGCAUGUUAAAAUGAGUAAAAUUGCAGAGUUUGGCCGCGAAAUGUUGUAAAAUGCGGAAAAUAUAGCCCUGCGAAAUUUGCAAAUUUUCUAUUAAUUUGUAUUACGCGCGGGAAAAUACACCAUAUUUGGGCCGAAAUUGGUGCAUUUUCCUGUGCGUAAUACAAAUUAAUACAAAAUUUGCAAAUUUCGCAGGGCUAUAUUUUCCGCAUUUUACAACAUUUCGCAACCAAACUUUGCAAUUUUACUAAUUUUAACAUGCUCUUUCUAGCUGUGGUGAUGGAUUUUUUUCUUCUUGCCGAGAUAAAAAAAUAGCUGGAUUCAUCUUUUGACAUCAUUUUCUCGCUGUGAUAACUGGAGAUUGACCACCAUCUGCUGCGCGAUAGUGCUCAGAGUAAAGGAUUGCUUUUUUGCACUAAUUUUUUGAAUAAUUAUAACUUGUAUUUUAGAUGAUCCAUUGGUCGGCAGUAUUGCAACACAAUAUCAAACUAACAGAGCUGAACACGACAGAAUAGCGAAAGAAUGGACACAACGAUACGCAACAUAAAUACUACAUAUAACAGCUUACAGUUUGCUUUCAAUUUCCCCCAGGGGUGUAUAUAGUUACCACCAGUAGGGUUACUUCUUACCCACCACCAAAUUUGGAAGGGCCAUUUUCUUCUAUCCAGGUGCGGUCUGACGAAAAAGUUGAUGAUCGGACACUGAUUUGAUUUAGUACGUUCAUAACUAAAUUAUAUGGCGAUUUCUUUUGCGCCCGAAUUCGGGAGCGUUCUAUGUUCUUUUAAUAUAAUGAUGUACAUAUUAAUGCGACUGAUGUUGAUAACAAUUUCGAUGCAAUUUGUUACAUCGACAUUUCAAUGAAUGUACAGAAUAACAAAAAAUGUAUUUCCUAUAUAAGUCAUGUAUGCAUGCAUGUAGAUAUAAUCAUAGAAAGCGGGAUAGUUUGAAAUAGCUCUGAAAUGAACUGCCUAAUUUACUGGUGCCCUCCGCGAAUUUCAACCCCCUCCCUAACUAAAAAUAUCUCCCUACACAAAUUUGCAGUAAUAGGUGAAGUGAAAAAGCUGUGAAAUGCAAAAGCCAGUUUUGGUCCCUUUAGGUCGUAGUCUAACUAGUCUUGUAUCAGGAGGAAAAUAUGAAAAUAAAAUAGAAUAUCAUGAAAUCUGUGGUUUAAUAUUCAUGUUCCUAUUGGCAGGUUUUAGUAAGCGCCACAGGACAGGAGGUAGUUGCCAACUUUAGAAAUGUUGCCAUUUUUAUGAGACAACACUAUUCCUUGUAUUUUUAAGGUAGUUGCAUCCCACCUAAUUUGAUUCUUGCCAGAGGACGUAUAUUUUUCGCAGCUGUUCCCGGUUAAUAGGUCCAUUUCUCCAUAAUUUCCAUCUACAAAACACAUCAACUACAUUU